CUUCAAAUCUGACUCAUUACUGUACACUGGAAACUGACCUUUAAACUCAGGCUUAAUCUGUUUUUCAGUGAGGAGAUCUCAGCCUGAAACCAUCAUGCGGACCGUGGACAGCGUCUCACCUUCCACUCUGCAGCCUGUAAUUUAACCUGUUUUUUUUUUUUGUUUGUUUGUUUUUUUAAGCGACUUUAAUCACUUUACCUUAAUGCAUCAUGCGAAACUGCAGCAGCAGGUGACGUACGAGUGCUGAGUUUUUGUCCAUGACUUGGUGAAAAGCUGCUGGAGGAAAGUUGUUCGCCGAGCUCCUCACCUGAUUUGCACGCCACUCCCAGCCGGUGCAGAGCCUCUCCGCGGCCCCCGCGGCGGUCAGCAUGGGCUCCCCAGUGUGGACUCCGGGAGCUGUGCCUGCCUGGAAAGCCACCGUUUUCCUCUUAAACAUCAUUUCAGCUGCCGUGGCCAAAAGACACGUCGUGUAUUGGAAUUCAACCAACACAAGGUUAACAGCAGGAGAUCUGUCCGUCCAGGUGAAUCUGAACGACUACCUGGACAUUUACUGCCCACACUACCCCAGCAAGGGCGCCGUGGGCCCCGGGCCGCCUGAGACGCUGGCCCUCUACCUGGUGGGAGAGGCGUCUUUCCAGGGCUGUGUGGAGACCAGAGGGGCCAUCAAGAGGUGGGAGUGUAACACCCCCUACGCUCCCUUUGGACCAGUGCGCUUCUCUGAAAAGAUCCAAAGGUUCACCCCCUUCUCGCUGGGGUUUGAGUUUCUGCCGGGGCGCCACUACUACUAUAGCUCUCUACCCACAGAUGAAGGCCCUCCUCUGCCAUGUAUGAAGCUGCGUGUCACCGUGUGCUGCGAGCCCACAUCAGAGGGUUCAAAACAAAUACAAGCAACUGUGUCUCGAAGUAGUGCUCGCUCACUGAGGACAGCCUCACCUCAACUCCUCCUCAUCCUCAUCCUCAUCCUCAUCCCGCUGACUACCUGACCUCCUCGCACCCGUCCCCCAUCGGAUCGGGAGGUGUUACUCAGAUGUCCAAGUACACAGUGCAAUCUACGCUCAGGCAGUGAAUGACAUAAUGAAAUCCACGCCAGGCUAUCACAAAUGACACAAACUUACCUUGUGGCUGUUCAGCUGUGAAAUUCCAGAAAGAAUCGGGUGUCUUUUCCAGAACAGGGCCACAGUGACUCAGGGACUGGCACGCUGAAUCACAGUGAUUCAGUUCUUGUUAUUUUCCUCUCCCGCCUGUUGUGCAAGUAGUAGUGCAGAAUAUUACACAUAGAGCUAGUCAUAAGACUCAUAUCCCACUCUGAUGCCAGAAGAACAACGAGCGUGUCAGGACAAACUUUUCUCUCUUUCUCAUCUCUGUUUCUCAUUUUCUGCACUUUGUGUUGGAUUUGCUGCUUCUUGAGAGCCUGCCUCCAGUUAAAAAGUGGCCAAAUCAACACAAAGUUGGAUGUCAGUCAGUUAGCUGGUGACUUUUUGUCUCUUUUCAUUGGCAAACAUACAUUUUAAACUGUUUUAUUUGCAUCUGAGUACGAUAACUGUGUUAAAUGUUUAGAUUUUGUAGUUUUAGGAGGAAAUGAGGAAUAUUCUGGAAUAGUCAGGCAGGGCUGCUGCGCCCCCUACUGGGAUUAAACUGGUUUAACUGGGGUUGAACUGGGUUGCCAUAAACUCAGAAACUGGACACUAGAUUUUGGUGCUGUUUGGUUUUAAUGGGACCUUGGGCAGAGUUUGUCCUCUCUGAUUGGACCCCCUGCUGCUCUGCCUCCCCCAUCUCUCGCUCUGCUUCAGAAUAAAGCGCAGAACAGAGGGGUUUAUGGGUAAAUGGAGAGCACCAGCUCUUCUCGCUCCACUGUACACACUGCAGACCACUGAGGAAGCUGAUUGGUUGAUGCUCCUGUUGACCAACCAGAUGUGCAGAUAUGCAGACAAGCUUUUUGAUCCCUUUUGUUGUUGUUUGUUUGUUUUUUACACAGGAUCCUUGAUUUUAGGUCUUACUGUAUAGUUAAUAUAUUCCACAAAAUGAACUAUAUUAACUACAUAAUUCAGUGUUUUAGUGAGAACUGAUCUCUGAUAUUUAAGUACAAAAACCAGACAAAGAAACACUUUUUUGCAUACACAAGCAAUGAUUUAUAUUCUGGAUAUGUGUGUAAAUACUGGUAUAUUUUCAACGUGCUCUGCUGCAAUGUAGUUUUACAAGUUAAAUGAUUUGAGGGUGGAAUUAAUUUCAUUUUUUUCCCAAAGAGUUAUUUAAAGAAAUGACUCAGUUAAAAAAAGAAUAUCAUAAUGAAUUAUCUGUUCAUUUGCUUUCCUGAUUUUUGAAAUUGAAAUCGGAGAUCAUGGAGGCGUCUAGAUUUAAUUGAAAUUAGGCAACGUUUAUAUAUUUAUAAAGUUACAGAAUUAUUUUCCCACAAUAUUUGAGUGACUUGAGCUCAGAAAAUCUUCAGGUUCGUUGCACAGUUUACUCUACCUUUAAAAAAAAAACUACAUUGUUAGCACUUGAUUUAUUUUUUUUCUGCAUAUUUGGGCAUCAUGUAGUAAAUCACAGCAGUUAUGCCAUUUGUUUUUUUUUAUAUAUAUUUUAUGUUGAUUUCCUGAAUUUGUUUUGAAGAUUUGUUCAAUCAUUUUGAUGGUAUAGAAUUUUGCAAUCAUGUAAACUAGGAAUUUGUUUUUGAUUUCUUUGUGUGUGUGUCUGUGUGUGUGUGUGUCUGUGUGUGUGUGUGUGCGUGCGCGUGUGUGUAAUGUGCUCUGCGUUCACAUUUUAGUGAAGAAUGUAGCCUCUUCUGUGAAGAGCCAACUGCAAUCUGAGCCUUUUUUUACGCGGCAAGACAACAAAAUAAAUACGA